AAUAUGCAAUCUCGUCAGAGUUUAUCUCAACAUGACUUUUUAGAUCACCGUAUAUAUUUAAUACAUAACAUUUGAAAAGAGCAAUUUUGCGUGUGUCAAAAAUUGUCAGAAUGUCGAGAUUUUUUUGAACAUAGAAUGGAUUGCUUGAAGCUAUUGGAAACUCUCGAUAUAUUCGGCUGCGCCGGUAUUUGCAUUAGUACUGAAAGUUCACAGCUGCUACAGAAUUCGCUACUCAUUUUGCAGACGGAAAAUCAUUUUCGAAAAUGUUAUUAUUGGGGCAGGAUCAAUGGGAUACAAAACGAUUAUCACAUCGCAUAUGGUUUUGAAAAAGAUUGCAUGAAUAAUCAGAUAUAUUAUUAUAGUACAGAUGGUAUAAAUUGGCUAUUGCUACCAAAAGCGACGAAAUGUGGACGAUUUCUAAGUCCCUUAGCGAUUAAUCAAUUUGAGGGUGAUCCGUCUAUCGUCACGAACGUUUAUGAUGUCAAUCCACCGUUUCCACCAAAUGAAGAUCCCAAGACUUAUUAUGAUGAUCCCAUGCCGAAAAAGCUGAAAGAGGAAGAUCGUCUAGCGGCCACCGUGGAAUCGAUCGUGGAAGAUGCUGCGAUUAUUCCGCGGGGAGCUUGGUUCAAGUGUCCGAACGGCGACGUGAUCGAGAAUUCGAGUUUUGUUGGCCUGUGCGAGAUGGAUGCCUUGAAUCUGAAAUCCUAUUUGCACGCCUGUCCGCCAAAAGAGAAGUGGAACGUCAAUUUGUCAUCUCGUCCCGAUUACAAUUACGCAUUGGACUUUUUGGACAGCAUAGAUAUGGAUGUUCCGCAGGAAUGCUGGAGUCUGCAAUUUCUCUUGGGUGGUCGUUUGGCCAUUUUACACAGCUUGUAUUGGCAUGGAAUGACCUUCUUUCAUAAGUUGAACUCCCCGCAUUAUGGAUUUUUAUACGUGGGUCAUGGAAAGAAGAAUUUAGAUCUUCCGUUCAUGAUCUGAUGCGAAAUACAUAAAUAUGACUAUACGAGAAUACGAAAUAUAUAUCACGUGUAGACGACAUUAACAUAAUAAAUGACGGUGGGUGCGAUUCAAAUUUCAAGCGUAAAUGUAUACGAAGUGUGACGACGACGUCAUUUAACUUAUUUUAAUGUAAUGCGUGGUAUGCAAUGUGAAGCAAUGCAAUGAGUUGCAAGAGCGAAACGCCCGUGGUUGAACGAUCAGUUAAUCGAUACGCUCGUCGAUAUAAUUCGUAACGCCAUUGUCCUUAACGUCCGCUUCCCGUCACGAAAAUCCGUUGUCUGCCCGUAUUCCUGCGCGACACCGCGUGUCCGCUUUUGGCGACAUCCUCGAAUUCGCGACAACAUUAAAUUUCGUGCUUCCUGCUUCGUGCGUUCUCGCAUCGGUCUGUCACCCGGGAUUCCGCGAAAGGAAACUCGGUGUGAUGAUUGAAAUAGCUCAAAUUGCGAGGAAACGAGUUCCGAGAAUUACAUAGAAUAUCCCUGACAAGUCAAUUUUAUGUCGUUCAUGGUAGGAAAAAAUUAAAAUAUUUUAUUUAUGUCGAUUUAAUUUUAAUACUCGAUCAAAUAUCAAACAUUUAAUCUUUUUUAACAUUAAUAUGAAACAAAUUGUGACACAAUAGAAAAAUAUUUUAAUCAUAUCUAGCAAACACAAAAUUACAGUUAUUUAAAUGUUAGUUGUAAGGCAAAAUUAUAGAUGAUUGUGCUGUUUAA